AGAGCAUCAGCUCUAAAAGAACACGGAGAGGGCCAUACACGGAGUGCGCUUCUUAUCGCCUGGCUAGGCAUCUUUUGGGAGAGGAGUUGUUCUUAGAAAAAGAGAGAGAAGUAGAGAUGACGGAGACGACGCCAAACCACACGCAGACGGUGGAAGGAUGGGCGGCGAUGGACUCGAACGGGAAGAUAGCGCCUUUUGUCUUCAAGAGAAGGGAGAACGGGGAGGACGACGUGACCAUAAAGAUACUCUACUGCGGCAUCUGCCACACUGAUCUCCACCACGUCAAGGACGACUGGGGCAUCACCAUGUACCCCAUUGUGCCCGGGCAUGAGAUCACCGGAGUGAUCACCAAGGUGGGGAGCAACGCGACCAACUUUAAGGUGGGCGACCGGGUCGGAGUCGGUUGCCUGGCUGCGACCUGCCUCGAGUGCGAGUUCUGCAAAGCCUCCGAGGAGAACUACUGCGACAAGGUCCAGUUCACUUACAAUGGUAUCUUCUGGGACGGCAGCAUCACCUAUGGUGGCUAUUCCAAAAUGCUGGUGGCUGACAAGAGGUACGUCGUCCAUGUCCCCGAUAGCCUUCCACUGGAUGCGGCAGCUCCCCUGCUAUGUGCGGGGAUCACUGUGUUCAGCCCAAUGAAAUACUACAACAUGUCCCAGCCCGGCAAGAAGCUCGGGGUGGUCGGCCUUGGAGGCCUUGGUCAUGUGGCCAUUAAGUUUGGGAAGGCCUUUGGACUUCAUGUUACAGUCAUCAGCACAUCCCCCUCCAAGGAGAAGGAAGCCAAAGAAAGACUCGGUGCCGAUGACUUCAUUCUCAGCACCGAUCCCGAAAGAAUGGAGCAGAGUGGGAAGAGGAGCCUGGACUACAUCAUUGACACGGUAGCUGCGAAGCACUCCCUUGGGCCAAUCCUGGAGCUGCUCAAGGUGCGUGGUACCUUGGUCUUAGUCGGAGCGCCUGAUAAACCGUUGGAUCUUCCUUCCUUCCCAUUGUUUUUUGGCAAGAGGAACGUGGCUGGAAGCAUGAUCGGAGGCAUGAAAGAGACGCAGGAGAUGAUGGACUUCUGUGGGAAGCACAACAUCACCUGCGACAUCGAGCUUGUGAAACCAGAUCACAUCAAUGAGGCUCUGGAUAGGCUUGCGAGAAACGAUGUUCGUUACCGGUUCGUGAUUGAUAUAGAUGCUAGUUCUGAUCACUAGUCUCUUCGUAUCAAGCUUGGUAGCCAUAUGAUCACUCAGAUGAUUAAUUGGAGUCGGUGGCUUCGUGUUUUAUGCUUGAUGUGAUUUAUGCUGGCAAUUUCCGACUUGAACCAGCUAAUCCGAAGAAAUGAAAUAAUCAGGCUUUUAGGACCUGACAUUCCCCCCC